UUAGCCCAUGUCGCUCAGUUGAAUAGAAAUUCUAAUUUUAACUGUUCUGUCGUAGAAGUGUCAUCAUGUUAUUGUUUGUACGUAGAACAUGUAUCAUUAUAUCAAAAUGUGUCAGUCCCAGCCAAGACUCACUGAAUAAACACGAAAUAUUUACAGACGAUAAAUAAAUUUUACACAAAAAGUCAUGAAUCUGUAUGAACGUUAUGUACGAUGAAGUUAAUUAAGAGUUCACAAGAAGAUGUUCCUUCACGUCUUCAAGGUCAUUGGUUGCAUCCUACAAAUGGUCGUUCUGUCGAUUAAAGUUCUGUUAUCAAGGUGUUCUCCAUCUAUCAAAGAAUCAAUUGCAGCAAGAUUUAGAAAAAUAAACGAAGGAACUACACUCUCUGACGAAGACUGUAUGAACUCCAUUUAUACAAUGGCCUUUUUCAAACAAGUAUGGAGGGCGAUGUAUUUAGAUGUUUUUAAAACUGCUAAGUUACACGGCAAACCACCAAACGUCGAAGUGAUUAAGAUAGACAAUUUGGUCAAAACGAGGCUUUCAGACUUUCAACGGAAAGGAAGACCACUGGUAUUAAAUUUUGGCAGUUGUACGUGACCACCGUUUAUGGUUAAGCUUGAGCACUUCAAUGAAGUAAUAGCUCGCUUUUCUGAUAUCGCUGAUUUUUUAAUCAUUUACAUUGAAGAGGCACAUCCCUCUGAUGGUUGGAAAUUUGGAAAUAACAUAGAAAUAAAUUAUCAUAGAAACUUGCAAGAACGCAUUACAGCAGCUAAACGGCUACAAUCUUUUGGACCAAAAUGUUCAAUUGUUGUGGAUAACAUGCUAGAUGAGGCUAAUUUGCAGUACGGAGGGCUCUAUGAGCGUUUAUAUAUUGUUUUAAAUGACGUCAUCGUAUUUGCUGGUGAAAGAGGACCAGCAGGGUAUCGUGUUGAAGACAUAGAGCAGUGGUUAGAGAAUUAUAAUAGUUAGACAUGUAUUUGUAUAUUUAAUAAGCAGUUAAACAAUAUAAAAGCAGUAAAAUAUGAUGGUAAGAAGAGAGUAAGACGAUUAUGUUUUAUCAUGUACACUAUCGUUUGUGGCAUAGACUGCAAACUGUUCAAGUUUUAAUUUUUUUUUUUGAAAAUGUUAUCAGGUAAAAGAAAUCAUUAAGAAACACUUGUACCAUUAUGAAAAUAUGCCAUGUAGACCGAAAAAUACUACGAAAUAACUCUUUUUAAAACUAUAACACGCUGGCUUUUUAUUUCAAGCUGGAAAAUUGGUUAAAUAAGUAUUGACUGCAUUUGAUGGAAGUAGCAUGCAAAUAUCUGCUAUGUAAUUGUAUUUUUUUCUUAUGAAUAAUAUAGAAUGAGCUGUGUCAGAUAGAAAUCGACCUUAUGCAAAUAAAUACAAAUACAUGUUGUACGCUGUAUUUGAUGGAGAAAUGUGCCUGGAAAUGCUUCAACCGUUUCUAAAUAUGGAUAUUUUGCAAGAAUGUUUAAAUUCAGACCAACAAGUUACCUUAAAUGCCAGAAUUUUAUUUUCUAAUCAAUCACAGUGAAAUGCAUGUAUAUGUAACUAUCACCUCUUGCAUAAGAUCGAUUUCUAUCCGACGCAGCUCAAAUGUUAUUUUGACAAUUAGUAAGGCUAUAGUCUGUUUAUUAUGACAUAUUUAAAAAUCAUUUUAGUGAUCAUUUCCAGUCUAACGUAUGAAGACAAAUUUGUAAAUAGUUGUCAGAUUUGUUGGAAGCCAUUCUGCUGGAUAUGUUAUAAUAAAAUUGUUAUGAAAAACA